GGCUCUGCCGUUUCGGUUUCCUCCCCCCUCUUGCUCCUGCUUCUCCAUAGCGAGCAAGGAAAGGAACCCGACCUGCCCCCCUCUUCCUCUCUCACAAACCCUCGGUCGCCUCGCCUCGCCUCGCCGCCGAUGGCCGGCGGCUCCUCCCCCUCCCCGGCCGCCGCGCCCAUCCAGGUGCGCUGCGCCGGAUGCCGCGGCGUCCUCGCCGUCGGCCCAGGCAUGACCGAGUUCAUCUGCCCCAAGUGCGGCAUGGCGCAGCGCCUCCCCCCGCAGCUGAUGCCCAAGCCGCCGCCCUCCUCCUCCUCCUCCGCCGCCGCGACCCCCGCGCCUCCCGCCCCGGCGGCACCGCCGCCGCCUACGUCCCGGAGAGGAGGCGGAGGCGGCGCGGCCCUUCCGCCCCCGCAGGCGCAGGGGGUGGACCCCACGAAGAUCCAGCUCCCCUGCGCCAACUGCCAGGCCGUGCUCAACGUGCCCCACGGCCUCGCCCGCUUCCGCUGCCCGCAGUGCGGCGUGGAGCUCGCCGUCGACCUCGCCAAGCUGCACAACUUCCUGGCCUCCUCCAACAACAACGCCGCCGCGGCGCCGCCGGACAACGUCCCGCCGGCCUCGGGACCCGCGUCGCGGGCGCCUUUGGUGCCUGCGCCUCCGCCCGCCCCGUUCCCCCCCGUGCCGACGCCAGGCAUGACGCAGGCGCCGCAGAUGGUGCCUGGCGCGUUGAUCCCGAUGGUGCUUCCCAUCACUGAUCCGCCUGAGGAGAUCAACGAGGUUGCAAUUGAUGUUGAGCGUGAAGAAGAUGAAGGUGGUACUGUUGGAGAAACGUUCACUGACUAUAGGCCUCCCAAACUCUCUCUUGGUCUGCCUCAUCCAGAUCCAAUAGUAGAAACUUCUUCUUUGUCAGCUGUACAGCCUCCUGAGCCAACUUACAGCUUGAACAUCAUGGAUGAAUUGGAUGAGACAAAGGCCUUGUCUUGCUUGCAAAUCGAAACAUUAGUUUAUGCUUGUCAGCGGCACCUUUAUCAUCUCCCUACUGGUGAUAGAGCAGGUUUUUUCAUUGGUGAUGGAGCUGGUGUUGGUAAGGGCCGGACAAUUGCUGGAUUAAUAUGGGAAAAUUGGCAACAGGGAAAGCAUAAGGCAGUGUGGGUAUCUAUUGGCUCUGAUUUGAAGUAUGAUGCUCGAAGAGAUUUGGAUGACGUUGGUGCAAAAUGUGUACAGGUGCACCCUUUAAAUAAGCUACCAUAUUCUAAGCUAGACUCAAAGGCCAUUGGGAUCAAGAAUGGGGUAAUUUUUGUAACGUACAGCAGCUUGAUAGCAUCAUCUGAGAGAGGUCGUUCCCGUUUGCAGCAAUUGGUUCAGUGGUGUGGACAAGAAUUUGAUGGUCUUCUACUGUUUGAUGAGUGCCACAAGGCCAAAAAUCUCAUUCCUGAUGCAGGGAGCCAGCCCACUCGCACUGGUAAAGCUGUUCUUGAAAUCCAGGAAAAGCUACCUGAGGCACGGGUUGUUUAUUGCUCGGCAACUGGUGCAUCAGAACCACGGAAUUUGGGCUAUAUGGUUCGGCUUGGACUUUGGGGCGAUGGAACAUCAUUUCAGAAUUUUGCGCAAUUUUUAGGAUCUCUCGAGAAAGGUGGUGUGGGCGCUCUUGAACUUGUUGCCAUGGACAUGAAAGCCAGGGGUAUGUAUGUUUGCCGCACACUAAGUUAUAAGGGGGUUGAUUUUGAUAUUGUGGAGGCUCCCCUUGAGGAAAGAAUGAUGAAUAUGUACAGAAAGGCAGCCGAAUUUUGGGCUGAGUUCCGCCUUGAGCUCCUAUCAGCAGGUGAAUCAUUUACAGAAGGCAUUUCAAAUCAAAUAUGGCGGCUAUAUUGGGCUAGCCAUCAGCGUUUCUUCAGGCAUAUGUGCAUGUCUGCAAAAGUACCUGCUGUUGUGAAGUUGGCUAAGGAGGCCCUGGCAGAGAAUAAGUGUGUGGUGGUUGGUCUUCAGAGCACUGGAGAGGCUCGAACAGAAGAAGCUAUCACAAAAUAUGGUGUUGAAAUGGAAGACUUUGUUUCUGGUCCUCGGGAGCUGCUUCUAAAGCUGGUAGAAGAAAAUUACCCUCUACCUCCGAAGCCUGAUUCUUUUCAACAAGGUGAAGAAAAAGUCACAGAAAUUCACCGUAAGCGGCAUUCUGCCCCAGAUGUAUCAUUUAAAGGACGUGUUAGAAAAGUAGCAAAACUGGUAGAAGUGAGUGAUGAUGACAGUGAUGAUUACUCUCCAUCUGAGUCAGAUCAUGGAUCGACAGAGUCUGAUGAGGAGUUUCACAUGUGUCAAAUCUGUAACACAGAGGAGGAGAAGACUCUGUUGCUUCAUUGUUCUGGUUGUUCUCGACAUGUUCACCCUGGUUGUCUGACACCACCUUGGACUGGGGUAUUAACUGAUGACUGGUCAUGCUACACAUGCAAGAAGUUAGAAGGAGAGGAAAAUGAACAAGAUGCUCAUGUAGCUGAUUUUUCACAGAGGUAUGAUGCUGCAGUAGAGAAAAAAAAGAAGAUUUUGGAUAUGAUACGUUCUUUGGAUCUCCCUAACAAUCCUCUUGAUGACAUCAUUGAUCAGCUAGGAGGCCCUGACAAUGUUGCAGAAAUAACUGGACGGCGUGGUAUGCUAAUAAGAGCUUCUGACGGAAAAGGCGUUGUUUAUCAGGCGCGGAAUGCGAAAGAAGUGUCGAUGGAGAUGAUCAAUAUGCAUGAAAAACAGCAGUUCAUGGAUGGCAAAAAACUAAUAUCUAUUAUAUCUGAAGCAGGAUCAGCUGGCGUUUCGCUGCAUGCUGAUAGAAGGGCAAAAAACCAGAGAAGAAGAGUACACAUAACACUUGAGCUCCCUUGGAGUGCAGAUCGUGCAAUACAACAGUUUGGGAGAACUCAUCGUUCUAAUCAAACUUCUGCACCACAAUAUAGGCUUCUCUUUACAAAUCUUGGUGGUGAAAAGCGAUUUGCAUCAAUCGUAGCAAAAAGACUGGAGUCUCUAGGAGCUUUAACGCAAGGAGAUCGCAGGGCUGGACCUUCUCUGAGUGCUUUUAACUACGACAGCAAUUAUGGGAAAAAAGCCCUAACCAUCAUGUAUAGAGGAAUAAUGGAGCAGGAUUCUUUUCCAGUUGUUCCUCCGGGGUGUUCUGACAAUCAAUCUAGCAUCCAAGAGUUCAUUGCUGAAGCAAAAGCUGCUCUAGUAUCAGUUGGGAUUAUCAGGGAUGCUGUAGUGUGCAAUGGAAAAGUUGCUGGGAAGCUUUCUGGUCGGAUUGUUGACUCAGAUAUGCAUGAUGUUGCUCGUUUUCUUAACCGCCUUUUGGGACUGGCUCCGAAAAUCCAGAAUAGGUUAUUUGAUCUUUUUACAAGUAUACUUGAUGUUGUUUUGCACAAUGCACGAAUAGAAGGGCAGCUGGAUUCUGGAAUCGUUGAUAUAAAAGCUAAAAAUGUUGAAAUGAAAGAAUCACCCAAGACCGUUCACAUUGAUAGCUUGUCAGGCGCGUCAACUGUACUUUUUACUUUCACCAUUGACCGAGGAGUUACUUGGGAGACGGCAAAAUCAAUGCUUGAUGAGAGGCAAAAGGAUGGUGCUGGUUCUUCUAAUGAUGGGUUUUACGAGUCCAAAAGGGAAUGGAUGGGAGGAAGGCAUUUCAUACUUGCUUUUGAAGGCUCAAUCGAAGGGAUGUAUAAAAUAAUUCGACCUGCUAUUGGUGAAGCAUUAAGAGAAAUGCCUUUAACAGAACUGAAAAGCAAGUACAGGAAAGUGUCAUCAAUAGAAAAGGUUAACAAAGGUUGGCAAGAUGAAUAUGAUGCUUCGUCCAAGCAGUGUAUGCAUGGAUCGAAAUGCAAAGUGGGAAGCUACUGUACAGUGGGAAGAAGGUUGCAAGAGGUUAACAUCUUGGGUGGUCUCAUACUUCCAGUUUGGGGUACAAUAGAAAAGGCCCUAGCUAAGCAGGUUCGUCAAAGUCACAAGCGAGUACGUGUUGUCCGUUUAGAGACAACAACUGACAAUCAGCGAAUCGUUGGACUACUCAUUCCGAAUUCAGCUGUGGAGUCAGUAUUAACAGGCUUACAGUGGGUCCAAGAUAUUGAUGACUGACAUGGAUAGGCUUGAUUUGUUUUGUUCACAUUCAUAUUGGUGGUGUCGAUCGCUUUCUGAUGUUAGAUGCAGCAGCUCAGAGGUGCGGCACAUUUGAUUUUGUUUUUUUAUUGAGCCAGCAAGCUAAUAUGACUAAUGUGACAGUGUCAACUUAGAAAUUAGGCAGGUAAAUACACCCUCAACUUCUGUAUGUAAAAGAUGUGGUGUACCCUACCCCCCUCUUUUCUAUUUCCUUGUUAUGUUGUAUAUUGGGAUGUAAAACAACUAAACCCCAGCUUAUAUCAGAAAAAAGAAAAAUGCGAGGGCGCACCCACCAAUAUGGCGCCAUACUGUUUCGGAGGAAUAGGCCACGGUUGCUUAUUCCCUGCAUAUCAUCAGAAUGAAAGGUUGUCUAUACUCUAUACCA